GAAACUAAGGCAAAGUGAAGUGACUUGCCCUCGGUCAUACAACUAGUAAGUCUCUGAGACCAGAUUUGAAAUCAAGUCUUCCUGAUUCCAAGCCUAGCAUUCUAUUCACUGCAUGCUGUGUUUGCAUGGGUGUGUUAAGUGUCAGAUAUAAAAAAGAAAAUUGAUGAGAAAGGCCCCAAGACUCAUGCAUUUCCAGGCAAUUAAUACUGUUUGUUGUGCACAUUUUAUUCCAUCUUCACACUGCACCCUACCUUUUCACCACCCAUUGUAGUACUGGGCCCCUAAGUACUUAACAUGUGCCUUGUUAUUUCAUAUAAUCUCUUCCAUGUACUGACUUGUACAAGGGUACAAAGCUAGUAAGUGGUAGGAGAGACUUGAGGCCAUGGCACAGAAAAAUUGGCCAAAGGAACUGGGUGUUUCUGACCAGAACAGAGAAGGGAGAGGGAGGUGUGACGUGGUAUCUGCUAAGUAUCUGGCAGGUCUUACCAAAUAUGAACAGCUUCAGGUACCAGCCUAGAAGUUCAAUAUACAUCUAAGGGCUAAGUCGAGGAAAAAUGGAUUGCAUGAAAAGAGCCAAUCACUGCUGGGGUGAAUGUUUUGGGGAUAAAACUUAAAAGGAAGAUGAUGGCUUCCUUUGAUAUACAUGGCAGUGAAUGCCAUCCCACUUCUCCUAACGUUCUCAAGAAUCCCUAGUUCGGUGACCAGGUGACCAAGUCAGCGAUGAGUGAAAAGGAAUAGAAGAAAGAAAAGUUAAUACUUGUGCAAAUGAAGGUAAAAGUUAACAUUUCUAGAGAAUGAAAGCAAUGUUACUUAGCAUUCAUGCAAUCAUGUACAAUUAUGACCAAGGCAAAAUGACCAGAUCUUGGCUAUGAUAUAUAAGGCAGACCUUGUGGAUAGUGGGAGGAGGGAAAUGGGUGAAUGGUCCCCACCAUGGGGAGGUUAGAAUUGGACUAUCCAGAGCUGGUCUGUCAGUGAAUAAGCCUGGCACCCAAAAGGUGCUUGCUAAAUGCUUGUUGACUUGAAUUUGCUCCAGUAGGGUCUGAGGGCCAGGUCAGGUUGUCUCCCUCACCCAGGCAGGGACAUCAGCCCGGAGCUUUUGAAAGUUUACGUCAGAAGAUUGUGGGUGGAAACUCUCAGAGGUUUACUUUAAGUUUCCUGAGGCUUCCUCAGAGAGUAGGUGUCUCUCAGAGAAGCUGCACAUGUUGAGAACAAGAGAGGGGCUUCCCUGGGCUGCUGUGGCUGUAUAAAGAGAGAGCUGAGUUUCUUUCAUACGGCCCCCACAGGAAUCCCUGUUCUUCUAACCACUUACUUUAACCGGAGGAGUAUUGGUCUUUCCAAAGAAACAAGAGAAGAGUGCCUUCCACUCCAGGAGGACCGACCUCUGCUACCACUUGUGUGCCAUGCAGCAGAACCUGAAUUAUCUGUACCCUCCCAUCUACUGGGUGGAGAGCAGUGCUAGCCCUCCUUGUGUUCCUCCAGUGACAGCUCUUCCCUGUCCACCCCCUGUGCCUGGAAGGGCUGCUCUGAGGAGGCCACCGCCGCCACCCCCACCACCUUCCCCCCCUCUCCCUCCACCUCCCCCUCUCCUCCCUUGCUCAUCUUUAAAGAAGAGGACCAACAACACAAGUCUCUAUCUUCUUCUGAUCUUUUUUAUGGUUCUGGUGGCCCUGGCUGGACUGGGGUUGGGAAUGUUUCAACUCUUCCACCUGCAGAAGGAGUUAGCUGAACUCAGAAAGUCUACCAGCGAUGGGCAGGUAGUUUCAUCUCCUGAGCAGCAAAUAGGUAAUCCCAACACAUUUGAAAAGAAGGCACUAAAGAAAGCAGCCCAUCUAACAGGCAAGCCUAAAUCACAAGGCAUCCCACUUGAAUGGGAGGACACCUACGGAAUCACCCUUGUUUCUGGAGUCAAAUACAAGAACCGCGGUCUGGUGAUCAACGACACUGGCCUUUACUUUGUCUACUCCAAGGUGUACUUCAGGGGCCAGCUCUGUGACAACCAGCCCCUGAGACACAUACUCUACAAGAGGAACCCCAGCUACCCCCAAGACUUGAUACUGAUGGAAGAAAAGAAGAUGAAUUACUGCACCACCAGGCAGAUGUGGGCCCAAAGCAGCUACCUGGGGGCCGUGUUCAACCUUACCAGUGCCGACAGCUUGUACGUCAACGUCUCUGCAUUUUCACUGGUGAAUUUUGAGGAAUCCAAGACAUUUUUUGGCUUAUACAAACUCUAGGGCAGCUCUAAAGAAGAGCAUAGGGACUGCUUCAUUAUGGUCCAUGAGAGCAUUGAGGACAUUGCCUUGAUAAGGAUCUCCAUGAAUGGGGGAUCCAACCUGGAGUCAAAGGAAGCCACACAAACUACAAGGGUCCUAAUAGGACCCUGAUAAUCAUUGGGUCCGUGGUUUCUUUACCUCACCCAAGGUCCAUGAGCCAGUGGAGGAAAAAUAUGAAAUCCACUGGCCAUUGGGUAUGGGUGAGGGUGUAGCAGCAAGUGGCCACCAGAAUUAUUCUGAAAACUCUUAUGUGGUCUUUGAGCUUUAAAACUUGUAAAGGGCACGUUUGAAACUUAACUUUCAUGGAUACGUUUACUACCUCAAGGGAAGUUGGUCCUCAACUGAAUAUUCCUGAAUGUGAAUGGCAAGGAAUGGUGCGUGUGUGUGUGUGUGUGUGUGUGUGUGUGUGUGUGUAUGUGUGUGUGUGAGUGAGUGAGUGAAAGGGUCCCUGCCAUAUUGGAGCAUCUACAAUUCUAGAUAUAUUUCCAAGAGCAUGGGUUUUUCCUUGACAAGGAGGACAAGAAUUUUCCGGUGCAAGGAACUACCUUCCAGUCCACAUACAAAGGAUGUCAGUGCAAUUGUUAUUGUGUGUUUACAGGUGUGUAUGUCAGUUCCAGCACUAUGGAAUAUUAAUUUUCUCUGAUGAGUAUUUACUUGGGUUUUCUCUAAGUAGAGGGAUAUUUGAGUACUCUGAAUUCCCAUAAAUUCUUAUCAGAAAAAUUUGGGAAAGAUUUAAGUGGCAAAUCUUAAUUUCUGAAGGAGCUAACUAUUAGUGAAGUGUUUAUGCCAGCACAAUAUUUUGUGCUACUGGUAAAGUUCUAAUUAAUGUAAGCUAUUUGUCCUGUGUCUGCAAUAUUUAUAUACAAUAUGUG